AUGGGCACGGUAUUCCUCUGUUUAGUUGUUUUAGCCUUACCCUACAAGGGGACCCUGGGGGUGGACUGUUUCUCCCCAACAUACCCUUUCAUCAAAAAGCCCCACCCCAAUUCAAACUCUCCCGAUUCCCGAUCCCAGGGUCUCUUUGACCCCGGCUCCCAACACUGCAACUACUACCCCCUCCUCAAUGCCUAUAGGGCAAGAGGCUUGCCCCUUUAUAAAAUCCCCCACGAGAAAACCCCCCCGAUUCCCUGCCCCGGCUCCCCUUUGACCACAGCUCCAAACACUGCAAAAACUACCCCCAUCAAUGCUACUCCAAAUGGGCCCGAUUUUCGGACCCCUCCCACAGCCCCCAAACUGACAACAUUCUUUCCAAAAAGUCCCCAAAAAAAGAGGACCCUCGUCCCUAAAACCCCCCUAGAAACACCAACUCCCACACCCCCCAUUUUCAGCCCCUCGGUCCUUAUCCCCCCUCUAGCUGCUUCUUCCUCAAAAUCUCCAAACCCAGUACCCACUAGUGCCCCAAAUGGUCUACUCGACAAACUGCUCUGCACGUCCGCACAUGUGCCAACUGGGGGGCCCCCUUAA